AGCCUAUAAACUGCGGACAGUGAGCGUGUCGCACAGAGACAUGGGCACGAGGACAGAGUGAGUGCUGAGGACUGAACCGCGGACCGUCAGCGCAUUCUUAUGAAAGGACUGAUCCUCGGAACUAACAUCAAACACUCACAAGUGACAGAUUAUCACUAAUCCUCCCGCUGAAGAACCGCAGCAAAGCAGUUUGCCAAUUACCAGUGCGCCUUUCGGCACUCGUGGUAACGUGAGGACAGAUGCUGUGUCUGAUCACUUCGCUUUGAUUUCAGUCUUAAUUGAUUUGCUCCAUGCCAUACAGCAGGACAGGAUUAUAGUUCCCUCUUGGAUUUCAAAGUCGUCGAUUUAUACCUACUCAUCAACAUCAAACUUUUCUUUACACAUCUGGAAAUUGCGCACGGAGAUGGCGCAAAGGUACGAUGAGCUGGCUCAUUACGGAGGCGCGAUGGACGGAGUCGGAGUCCCCACCUCCAUGUACGGAGACCCGCACGCCCCCCGGCCCCUGCCCCAGGUCCACCACCUGAACCACGGGCCACCUCCGCACCCGACCCAGCACUACGGAGCCCACGCGCCGCACAACAUCAUGCCCAGCAGCAUGGGCAGCGCCGUCAACGACGCACUAAAGAGAGACAAGGACCAAAUCUACGGCCACCCCUUAUUCCCGCUGCUGGCUCUGGUGUUCGAGAAGUGCGAGCUGGCGACUUGCACGCCCAGAGAGCCCGGGGUGGCGGGAGGAGACGUCUGCUCCUCCGACUCCUUCAAUGAAGACAUAGCCGUAUUUGCAAAGCAGAUCCGUGCAGAGAAACCGUUAUUUUCUUCCAACCCAGAGCUGGAUAACUUGAUGAUUCAGGCGAUUCAAGUCCUACGAUUUCAUCUGCUGGAAUUAGAGAAGGUCCAUGAGCUGUGUGAUAACUUCUGCCACCGGUACAUUAGCUGCCUCAAAGGAAAAAUGCCCAUCGACCUGGUCAUAGAGGAGCGAGACGUCUGCAAGUCGGACUUCGACGACCUCUCCGGAUCAUCCACCAACCUUGCAGAUCAUAACCCAGCGUCCUGGAGAGACAUGGAUGACGCCCACUCCACGCCCUCUGUGGGCACCCCAGGACCGUCCAGCGGGGGACACGUUUCUCAGAGUGGUGACAACACCAGUGAACUCGGAGACGCCCUUGACAACAGCCUGGCAUCACCAGGCACAGGAGACGAGGAUGACCAGGACAAGAAGAGGCAGAAGAAACGAGGCAUCUUCCCUAAAGUGGCCACAAAUAUAAUGAGAGCAUGGCUCUUCCAACACCUUACGCACCCGUACCCCUCAGAGGAACAGAAAAAACAGCUAGCACAAGACACAGGCCUCACCAUCCUUCAAGUGAACAACUGGUUUAUAAAUGCAAGGAGGAGGAUAGUCCAACCUAUGAUUGACCAGUCCAACAGAGCAGUGAGUCAGGGCACAGCGUACAGUCCAGAUGGCCAGCCAAUGGGAGGUUUUGUUCUUGAUGGGCAGCAGCACAUGGGUCUCCGACCUGGAGGACCAAUGGGUGGCAUGGGUAUGAACAUGGGCAUGGAUGGGCAGUGGCACUACAUGUAAAUCCUCUCCACUGAGGCAAGCCUAAAAGACAGGGUGAAGCCUCCAUGGUUGGCUCAGGGAUCUUCUCCCAUCUGUCUGUGGAGCUCAGUACCAGAGCUGCCUCUGCAGCUGCCACGUCGAACCCACCUGACCGUACACCACUUGACCACUCCCACCUCACCUCACCUUGCCCGAGCCCCACGGUGCGCGCAUGUAGAGGAUCACCAUGGAAACGCCAAUGCUCUGCACCAGAGGCCGCCCACAAACUUUUGACUUGAAAGUGAGCAGAGACUCGGAGCUUAACCGGCUGCACAGAGAAUAAAAUGACUUAAAGGACUUCAUAGUGAAGAGAAGCAGUUUGACACAUCUGCUCCAUUUCCUUUUAAAUUAUUUAUUUAUUUUUCUACAAUGGCGGACCACAGGGAAGAUCACUUUCUCCUCUCUUUCUUAUUUGACCUCUUAGCUUUACCCCAAACCCUAUAUGCCCAUCCUCCAAUAAAUUAUACAAAGACACACACACACACACACACACACACACACACACAC